CGGGGGCAGCGCGGCUCCUUCCCUUGUUGUGUGUGUCGGUGCCUCCUCGCCAUCUUGUUGCAAAGCCCUUUCUUGUCGGCGGGACUCCCGGGGACCGCGGGGCGGGAGGCAUCAGAAGGGAGGAAGAGAGGGAGGGCAAGAAGAGAGGCAGUGCCGCCUUUUUUUUUAUCAGAUUUUUUUUAAUUUGCAAAUUUAUAUUUUGCAAAUAUUUUGGGAGACAUAGAUUUUUCUCCCUGUGCUCCCCCGUUCUAUUCUGAGGAGUGCGCUGCGCCGCCCAACCCUGUCGCCCCCCGGAGGUGAUCCCUCCCUCCAGCCCGCCCGCCAGCCUGACCUGUGCCUGGCUCGCGGGCCGCAGCCUCGGCCCCGGCGCGCCCCCGGCCGCCCUCGGCGCGAUGAGCAUAGAGACGCUACUGGAGGCGGCCCGCUUCCUGGAAUGGCAAGCGCAGCAACAACAGAGAGCACGUGAGGAGCAGGAGCGCCUUCGCUUGGAGCGGGAGCGGGAACAGGAGCAGAAGAAGGCCAGUAGCCUGGCCAGGCUGGCACAUGCCCUGCCUGUGGAGGAACCCCGCAUCGAGGCACCACCCCUCCCCCUAUCCCCACCAGCACCCCCACCAGCACCCCCACCACCACUUGCUACCCCCACCCCAUUGACUGUCAUUCCUAUUCCUGUAGUGACCAACUCCCCCCAGCCACUGCCCCCACCCCCACCGCUGCCUCCUGCAGCCCAGCCUCUGCCCCUGGUACCUCGUCAGCCAGCCCUGGUCAGCACCCCUGGACUCAGCAUUAAGGAGCCUGCCCCACUUCCUACCAGGCCACAGGUGCCCACCCCUGCUCCCCUCCUGCCAGACCCGAAGACCACUAUUGCACCCACUGGCAGCCCCAAGCCUUUGCAACCCCUCCCUACACCCAUCCUGACCAUAGCACCACACCCUGGAGUCCAGCCUCAGCUAGCCCCCCAACAGCCACCCCCACCUGCACUUGGGACCCUGAAGUUGGCACCAGCUGAAGAAGUCAAAUCCAGUGAACAGAAGAAGAGGCCUGGGGGGAUCGGAACCAGAGAAGUCCACAACAAAUUGGAGAAAAACAGGAGGGCCCAUCUGAAGGAAUGCUUUGAGACCCUGAAGCGCAACAUCCCUAACGUGGACGACAAGAAGACCUCGAAUCUGAGCGUGCUGCGAACCGCGCUGCGGUACAUCCAGUCCCUGAAGAGGAAGGAAAAGGAGUAUGAACACGAGAUGGAGCGACUGGCACGGGAAAAGAUUGCCACGCAACAGCGACUGGCAGAACUCAAGCACGAGCUGAGCCAGUGGAUGGAUGUGCUGGAGAUCGACCGUGUGCUCCGGCAGACAGGCCAGCCUGAGGACGACCAGGCCUCCACAUCAACAGCCUCUGAGGGUGAGGACAACAUAGACGAGGAUAUGGAGGAGGACCGGGCAGGCCUGGGCCCACCUAAAAUGAGCCAUCGUCCCCAGCCGGAGCUGCUGAAGUCCACCCCCCCCCCCCCCCGCACUGCCUCCGCGCCUCUGCCUCCCCACCCUCACCCUCACCCCCACCCCCAUCCAGUGGCCCUGUCUCCUGCCCACCUCCCUGUGCAGCAGCAGCCGCCACAACAGAAGACCCCUCUGCCUGCCCCUCCUCCCCCACCGGCCACCCCUGCCCAGACACUGGUACCAGCCCCAGCCCAUCUGGUGGCCACUGCUGGGGGCGGCUCCACGGUCAUUGCCCACACGGCUACCACCCAUGCCUCAGUCAUCCAGACUGUGAACCAUGUUCUACAGGGGCCGGGCGGCAAGCACAUUGCCCACAUUGCCCCCUCUGCCCCCAGCCCUGCUGUGCAGCUGGCACCUGCCACACCUCCCAUUGGCCACAUCACAGUGCACCCUGCCACCCUCAACCAUGUGGCCCACCUCGGCUCCCAGCUGCCCUUGUACCCACAGCCUGUGGCAGUGAGCCAGCCAGUGGCAGUGAGCCACAUCGCCCACACCCUCUCGCACCAGCAAGUGAAUGGCACAGCCGGACUGGGGCCCCCAGCUACAGUCAUGGCAAAGCCAGCCGUGGGGGCCCAGGUGGUACACCACCCCCAGCUGGUGGGCCAGACAGUGCUCAACCCUGUGACCAUGGUCACCAUGCCCUCCUUCCCGGUCAGCACACUAAAGCUGGCUUAAGGAUGAGGCCACUCAGGCCCCCCAGUGGGGGCAGGGGGGGGACAUGUCCCCCACUCUCCCACCCACCAGCUCCACACAUUCCAGCCAGGCCCACCACACCCACACACCCCCAGGCCUCCUAGGGGAAGGGGGUGCAAAGACUCUGAGCCAAGGAAGGGAGGGCCCCCCAUGGAGUUGGGUACAGGGCAGGGAGUUACCCCACUGCAUUGGGACUUGAUGACUGAUGAGGACAUGCUAGUGGAUGUGACGCCCAUUGGGCCUAGUGCCAGUUCCAUUGCCACUCCUGCUGUCCCCCAAGAUGAGCACGAUGUGACAUCGUGUUUUCUGGCUUCUCCCUACCCUGCCCACUUUGUACUGCUGCUGCUAUUGCUCUCUCUGGUGGGGUGGCUGAGCACCUGGGCCCUCACUCCCAGCCUCAGUGUUUUCCUCCCAGGCCUUUAGAGGGAAAUGGGGAAGCAGGACUGAAGCCACUUGGCCCAGAAAGCUGGGGACAGGUGGUGAGGGGUCCUAUUCUGAGUAUAGGUGUCAGAUCCUAGGCAGUGGCUGGUCUGGAAUUGUGCCUGAACAUGUGGGUGCCCUGGCCUGGAGCUCUUUGAUGUGGUUGGGGUCACUAUGAUUUGUUACAGUAGAAACUAUUUAAAACGAUUUUCUACCAACAAUAAACAAAACCCAAGCUGUUGCCAAGCUUUUCAACCCCUGCCACUGGGCUCUUAGCCUCUGGAGGACAGGCUGAGGUUUGGCUGGAGAAGGUGGGGCUUCUCUUUCCUGCUGUCUUCCCUUAUCCUUGCAGCCUCCCAGGCCUGGCCUGAGAGGAGAGCUACUCUGGCCCUGUAUCCCCAUCCUUGGUUUGACCUUUGACUUCAGAAAGCAGCCCAAGGUACUGUCUACCAUUCACUCCUGGCCCUUUAAUUUCUGCUCUGUGGGGCACUUUCCCAGGGGAUGGGGGUGCCUGGGCACCUGUGGAUUUGGGGCCUCCUCCUCCAGCUUGGGAGACAUGAACCAGCAGCUGGUCUUGGUUCUAGGAGCUUAGAAGCCACAGUGUUGAGGCAUUAGGAAGUUCAAAUCCAGGGGCAUGGCCAAAACCCUGAACCUUGCCCCAAACAGGCCCUGGGGACUUAAACAUUAGAGAAGGUAACCAGGCCAGAGCCAAGGGUUAUUGACUCCUCGGGAGCUGCUGCUUUUGCUCCAUCGUAUUUGUGUUCCCUCUUACCCCUUUCUAAUGGGUGGUUUUGAGGGUCUCCUGCAACGCACCACCACCUUCCUCUGAGGAAAGGGCCUUAGUUGAGUCAAGAGGAGGACUGAGCCUGGGGCAGGGUGAAGCAAAGAGUUCUGUGCUAGGGGUUGCCAAGUUCCCUAUCUCUACCAACUGCUUUGGCUUCUUUUUAUGUGGAUAUUUAUUAUUAUAAGUGGCCUUGUGUCAGACACACUCAGUUACAUGCACGUGUGCACAUUCAGCUCCCCACUGGACACUCACUGAUGGCCUUUUGGUUGAUGGGGGGAGGGGGGAAGAAGUGAGUGUCCCUAGGUGUGAAGUUUGCAUUGAUGGGGUGCUGGGCAGGCAGGAGAACCAGGAAGGGAGAGCUUAGGACCCUUGGAAGUGCCCUGCCUGCUGGCACUGAGGCGGCCAGCAAAGGUCUUGAAUAGAUUCUCCCUGGAAAUAAAGACUUCUUAGAUGCUCUAAGAAUCCUUCCAGUUCCUUCGUGGUCCUAGAGCCCUCCCAGGGGACUUUCCUUAUUUUCAUUUGACUCCUGGGGUGGGGAAGGUGGAUGGCCUAGGACCAGGUCCCCACUGGGACCUGUGGGAGGACUGUGGUACUCAUCCUACCCAAACUCAGCAAUCCUGCCCCACAGGCUGGCUUCCCCCCUGCCCCUGAAGCCACCUCCAUUCUGACACCCUAGCUCCAGGGGGGCAGCUUUACUGUUAUUGUGACAGUGGGAAGAACAGGUUGGUGCCUGCACAUUCAGAGCACUUUGGUGACACCCCCACCCUCACCCAUCCCCAUGCUCACCUCUCCCAACGUCCUGAGGCCAGUUCCAGAGUUCAAACUUGUGUUGGCCAGUUGCCCUUGGGCCUGCACAAAUACCUCAUCAUCUACCUGCCCUUCCCCAACCCCCCAGCAGUGGGGGCCUCCAAAUCUAGUGCCGAAUGACUAUGUCCAGAUUGGUGACAAUGGGUGUUGUUGCUGUUGUUUUGUUGUUUGUGAACGCUGUGAUGCCGUGUGCCCAAGUGGACAGCCACCUCCCAGCCCUUCCUUGGGCAUCUCCCUUCAGAACUGUUAGGACCACAUCUGUCCUCACCCUGUGGGACCGCCUGGCCCUUCCCUCCCUAGCCCUUCCAGCCUGGGACACACACAUACACACACAUCUUACCUCUCAUGCGUGUUUUACCUUUUGAUGAUGUUCAGAGUGGCUCACUGGCUGGGAGUCUUUACCUCGGGGAGAGGGGGAGGAUGGUUCCUUGGGGGGCCAAAGAAAGGCAGCAAAUGCCUGGAGGGUAGUUGGGUCCCCAUAACCCCUGCUCUCUGGGAACAACUGCUUCUCCCCCCCAUCCCAGGGUCCCACCCCCAAACCCCAAAGAGGUGGCCCUUGUUUACAGUGAGGACUCGGUCACUGUGUCUCCGUUUCCUGAAAUAUAAACUGUAGCGACCCCAGACUGUAGAGAUUUUUAUGUGUUUGGAUACAUCUGCUGUGUGGGAAAAAACAAAAAACUACAAAAACCCUAAUUUUGUACAUAUUGUAUUUUUACUAUUGAAUUGUAUUCUAGUGGCUGUUCAUGCUCCAAGACUUUAGGUAUUGAGACAUGAAUACUAUCCAUGUAAUAAGCACUUGCCUGGAGUAAAACAUAAAACUGAAAUAAACCUGCACUGAAACCUGA